UGCCUCAGGUCAUAUACCUGGACUUGGAAUCAGAGAAUAGCCACCCUCACCUGCACUCCCCAAGCGUCACCACCUGGUCUCCUUGGGGAAGGGGUGGGCUCUUCUCCAGGACAGGUCAUUCAUUCUGUGGGCAGGAAAGAGAGAUCUGAAUUCCUUAAAUCGGAAUCAGUCAGACACUGCGGCUCCAUGGAGAAGCUUGUGAUCCCCUGAGGGGGAAUGGUCCAAGACCUGGGAAUUUUGACAUGACAGAGAAGGGGACACCCACCUCUGUAUUCAUGCUGCCCUCCGCCCAUUCUCAGAGAGUUCUGCCUGAGGUCGACCCCACUUCAGCAGACCACUCUUCCCCAGGCCACUCUUAGUGAGCAUGGCCUGCCUGACUCUUCCUUUUACUCCCCCACAAAUAAAGUGGUAGAAAGGAAUGCAGUUUCCAAAAGCCAGUGGAAAUGGUUUGAAUCCACUCCACCCCUGUUACUGGCUCCAUAGCUGCGGCAGCCAACUGUGGCUUCGCUCAUUUCCUCACCUGGAGAUGGUCAGAGACUUCCUCCCAGCACUGAGAGAAUAAUAAAGCCCGUUUUACAGCCUGUGCCCGGGAGUCGCCCAUGGUUCUUGUUAAAAUGCAACUUCUGAAUCCACAGCCAUGAGCCCGGCUUCCCGGCAAGGCUCAUGUGGUGUGGGUUUGCUCUUUGCUAUUCAAAGGAACACGUCUGAGCAGCAAGAGUCCCGCUCAGGUGUCUCCAGAGCAAGAGUGGGGAGUGGGGCAAAGGCUCAAUGAACACUAACUGCAGCCAUGAUGAUUCUCUUCACUGGGGUCAAAAGGCGUCCCCUGUGAGAACAGAGAAACUUCAGUUCACUUGAGUUCAUAAGGAAACAAGAAAAAGAUGAGAGAGAGAGAGAGAGAGAGAGAGAGAGAGAGAGAGAGAGAGAGAGAGAGACAGACAGACAGAGACAUGUUUGGUUUUGAAGAUCCCAGACAUGGGGGGCAAAGGGAGAGAGUCCCACAGUCAUAAGCAGCCCCACAUGUGCUCACAAGGUACCCCCAUGGGCUGGCUGCAGAGCUCUAGGGCCCAGGCCUCAACUCACCAUGCACAUGAGCAGAGCUCCCCCCCCAGCAGUCCCCCCAAUCCCGCACACGCCCUAUUCUGCCAGCUGCAGCUCUCCGGAGGAAUUUUCAAAGCACACAGGGUGUGUUUGGCAGGAGUCUCUUCAUCCCCGUUGGGAUCUUUUGCUUUAAGGACCACAUUAUCUUUUCUGCUUGAAGCCUGAACACUGAGCGUCCCCCUUUGCUGGUACCAUGAAGAGACCCUGCACAACCCUCUGCUGGUCUCCAUGUACUGGCUGCUCUGGGAAUCCGGCUGCAAGAGUCCAAGGAUGUAAGGAACUCCCAGCAGACACUGAUAUGAAGCCUCCUGGUUUGCUCGGAGAUUGCUACGGUUACAAUUUUCUGUGCUGAAAUCCUUCUGAAACACUCAGGCGGAAGGCUUCAGCAUCCAAGGGAAGCCAAAGGCAUUUGAGAGGAAGUAAAGCCCAGAGCCAAGAAUCUCGCUGUCCUUCGUCUACCCACUCCAAAAAGAAGGCAUUGCUCCCAGGCAGGCAGCAUGGCAAGCAAACGGAAAUCGACAACGCCGUGCAUGGUCCGGACAUCACAGGUGGUAGAACAAGACGUGCUGGAGGAGGCAGACAGGGCCAAAGACAAAGGACUGGGCGUGCCACCGUCCGAUGUGAGCAAGGAGAGGUGGGCAGCAGAGCCGGAACCCUCGUCCAAAGAAAGCGAGGUGGUGGAGGUGAGAUCGGUGGGGGAGAGCCAGUCCAAGAAACUCCAGGGUGGGUAUGAGUGCAAGUACUGCCCUUACUCCACGCAAAACCUGAAUGAGUUCACGGAGCACGUGGAUAUGCAGCACCCCAACGUGAUUCUCAACCCCCUCUACGUAUGUGCCGAAUGUAACUUCACAACCAAAAAGUAUGACUCCCUGUCUGACCACAACUCCAAGUUCCAUCCCGGGGAGACCAACUUCAAGCUGAAGUUAAUCAAGCGUAAUAAUCAGACGGUCCUAGAGCAGUCCAUCGAGGCCACCAACCACGUUGUGUCCAUCACUGCCAGUGCUCCUGGAAGUAGUGAUAAUGACCCCGGGGUCUCAGUAGGUAAGACUGCCACGGUGAAGACAGGAAAGCAGAAGGCAGAUGCCAAGAAAGUGCCCAAGAAGCCUGAUGAGGCUGCCCCAGACAACCAUAUGGAAGGGACUGCCCGCCUGGUGACAGACACAGCCGAGAUCCUGUCCAGACUUGGAAGUGUGGAGCUCCUUCACGAUUCACUGGGACACGUCAUGCCUUCCGUACAGCUGCCACCAAAUAUCAACCUUGUCCCCAAGGUCCCCGUCCCGCUGAAUACUACCAAAUACAACUCUGCCCUGGACACAAAUGCUACCAUGAUCAACUCCUUCAACAAGUUCCCUUACCCCACCCAGGCUGAGCUCUCCUGGCUGACCGCAGCCUCCAAACACCCAGAGGAGCAUAUCCGAAUCUGGUUUGCCACCCAGCGUUUAAAGCAUGGUAUCAGCUGGUCCCCAGAGGAGGUGGAGGAGGCCCGAAAGAAGAUGUUUAACGGCACGAUUCAGUCAGUACCCCCAACUAUCACUGUGCUUCCUGCACAGCUGACCCCCACAAAAGUGUCACAGCCCAUCCUCCAGACAGCCCUACCGUGCCAGAUCCUUGGCCAGCCCAGCCUGGUGCUGACUCAAGUGACAAGUGGGUCAACAGCUGUCUCGUGUUCUCCCAUCACACUUGCCGUGGCUGGAGUGACCAACCAUGGCCAGAAGAGACCUCUGGUGACUCCUCAAGCUGCCCCUGAGCCGAAGCGUCCACACAUCGCCCAGGUGCCAGAACCUCCACCCAAGGUGGCCAAUACCCCACUCACGCCAGCUAGUGAUCGCAAGAAGACCAAGUUACAGAUCGCCCACCUCAAGGCAAGCUUCUUACAGAGCCAGUUCCCUGACGAUGCCGAGGUGUACCGGCUCAUUGAGGUGACAGGCCUUGCCAGGAGUGAGAUCAAGAAGUGGUUCAGCGACCAUCGCUACCGGUGUCAGAGAGGCAUUGUCCACAUCACCAGCGAAUCCCUUGCCAAAGACCAGAUGGCCAUUACUGGCACCCGACACGGUCGCACCUACCACGUAUACCCAGACUUUGCCGCCCAGAAGUUCAAAGAGAAAAGCCAGGGACAGUUGAAAACCCUGGAAGACAGCUUUCUGAAAAGCUCUUUUCCCACCCAGGCAGAAGUAGAACGGCUGAGGGUGGAAACCAAGCUAAGCAGGAGGGAAAUCGACUCCUGGUUUUCCGAGAGGCGAAAGCUUCGAGACAGCAUGGAGCAGGCUGUCUUGGAUUCCAUGGGGUCUGGCAAAAAGGGCUCGGAUGUGGUAGCCCCCAAUGGUGCUCUAUCCCGACUUGAUCAGCUCUCUGGUGCCCAGUUAGCUGGUCCUUUGCCCAGUCCUUCAUCAGCAGUUGUACAAAAUCAAGAGCAGGUUCACCUACUCAGGAGCACCUUUGCAAGAACCCAGUGGCCCACUCCUCAGGAGUACGACCAGUUAGCUGCCAAGACUGGCCUGGUCCGAACUGAGAUUGUGCGCUGGUUCAAGGAGAACAGAUGCUUACUAAAAACUGGAACGUUGAGCUGGUUGGAGCAGUAUCAGAGGCAUCACCUGUCAGAUGACCAUGGCCACGAUGUCGCAUCAAGAAGAGCGACAAAACACGUUGCUGAGAGCCCAAAGAAUGGAAGCGAGGUGGCUCACCAGUAUGCCAAGGACCCCAAAGCCCUCGGCGAGGAGGAAUCCGAGAAGCUGGUCCCCAGGGUGAAAUUGGUCGGCGAUCCAUCCAAGGACUGUCUGGCGGGCAAGCCCUCAGAGGCCACCUCAGACAGAUCCGAGGGUAGCCGAGAUGGCCAGGGCAGCGAGGAAAACGAGGAGUCAGGCAUCGUGGACUUUGUGGAGGUGACGGUUGGAGAGGAGGACGCCAUCUCAGAGAAGUGGGGUAGCUGGAGUCAGAGAGUAGCAGAAGGCACAGUAGAAAGAGCGGACUCCGACUCGGACAGCACCCCUGCAGAGGCCGGCCAAGCCUGACAGGGCACUGGUCUGAACCUCAGCACUGACAAAGGAGAUGCUCUGUCUUUGAAGAAAGAAGAAAGCCCUGCCCGGGAUGGCUGUGGGCCACCUCAGCAGCACUCUGAGUGGAAGUGCUUCAGCAGUGCCUGGAGGCCACAGGAACUCCGGAGCUCUCAAUAUCCCCCCGAGAGGCUGGGUGGGAAUUGUUCAUAGUGCCAAAGUCCUACUACUGCGUUUUCAAUGGGUCCCUGUACAUAGCCUUUGCCUUCGCCCCAGCCCCGCCUCUUGCUAUACUGGAACUGAUUUAUACAAUGUGGGAAUUUUGUUACCUUUUUAAUCGAGGGCCACUUCCUUUUCCAGCGCUUCUGUGGUAAGGCGUUUGCAUUUUUUUUUUAAAUUCCCAGGAAGGAGGGCUAACCACAUUGCUUUUCUUUUCUCUUUCUUCCUUUCACUUUAUUAACAAGGGGGAGGGAGCGUUAGCAUAAGUACCACUGUAUCUACUGGAUUUUAGGUAGGAAGAAUUUCUUCUUUAAGGUAGUUUGACAUUUGGGAGAUGUCUUGGUCGGAAGGGCCGAGGUCAGUCCUCUGGCUCAAAGUGAAAUGGGCUCACAAAUAACCUACAUCAAACCGUUCCCAGUUCCCCAGCUGCCUUUUGGGGACCUUACCUCAGCCCUACACCAAGAGGUGGGGCUGGCUUCUCAACUGCUUUGGAUAAUUGGGGAACAGGUGGCUGCCCUCUUUACAAAUCUUUUUAAAAUACCAGCAAAAAGGGCUCCCACCACAGAUGAUGCCAUCAUUACUCUUGGGAAAUUCAGAGUGGUCUUCCUGGCUAGACGGUACCAAGAUAAACAUCUCUGCUUUUCUCUUCUCUUCUCACCGCCUUUUCUUGGUGUGGCGUUUGACAAGAUUUCAGUUCAAAGCCUCACUAUGGAUUGAUUUUGUUGCUGUUGUUGUUGUCGUUCGUGUGGUGUGUGUGUGUGUGUGUGUGUGUGUGUGUGUGUGUGUGUGUGUGCUGGGCCAAUUUUAGAUACCUGAGUGCACUUUUUUUUAGUUAGUCCUAACUUUUAAAGAAAGAAAGCCAAGAGAUAUAUCUGGUGUAAAUGUCAAGACAUGGAUUCUGUUUGCUGUCCUGUCCCCUCCCCUACUCCCCAGACCCUUGACCCCACUUGAGUACACUGCACAAAUUAAACGCUAGGGAGUUUGAAUAAAGGCAGUUUUUCUAACUCGUCACUCAUUUGUUGUAACUCAAUAAAGCAAAGACUAAACGUUUUUAUAACCUUC